AUGAAGCUUUCCCGGCCCUGCUUGCUGCUGGUCUGCGUUGUGAUGGCUGCGCUGGGUCAACCAGGACCACCUGGACCUGGUGAAGGUCCCAGCCCGCCACCUGUGGCACUCACACCUGGCGCUGGGCCCAAUGCAGCGAACAACUUGGCUCAGGCGAUUUGGCUGUACUUGCAAGGAGGAUCGUCAGCAGGUGGUCCUCCUGGUGCCGCAAGUGGAUUGCCACCUCCUGCGCCUGUUGGCCCUGUGGCACCGCAUGGUGCGGUGGCUUCAACCUCAGGAGGGCUGCCUCCGCCAGCACCAGUUGGAAGUGCACCUGGAGCGUCUGGUUCAACAGAAGGACCACCAUGGAGGCGGUCACACAGCCGCGUUCCUGCUCCUCCCGUUGCAGCGGAAGUUGAAGCUACCCCGGCAGUGGAGACUGCAGCUCCAUCUGGCACAGUGGUGGAAGUGCCGGAUAAUACCACCGGACCGACGCCCAAAGCUGCAUCAAAACGACCGCUCACACUGGAUCUUCGGCACUGCCGUGUGUGCCAGGAGACCGCGUACCAAGGAAAAGGCAUCUGCCUCAACACUGACUGUGAUCUCCACAAGGCCUCGAAGUACCCUCAGCAAAGUCGAAAGAAGCAUAACCGAGGAAAGAAAAGACCAAUUUGGUACGUACAUGCCACACAGAACAAGCAUGGCCAAAAGUGGCACGAGGACGACGAAGAAGAAUGGAACGACGAAGGCCACUGGACUUCAGCCGAUCCGUUGUGGAAGGGCGAUCGAUGGCAGGAUUGGCGGGACGAUGGUGGCCAUUCUGCUUCUGGCUCGUCAAGAGGUAGAUGGGCCUGGGUUUGGGUGAGCUAA